CCCGUCUGCUGCUGAUCUGUUCAAAAAAGUUAACGUUUUGCUCUGCAGCAGGGUGGUUCUUGUUUAUGUACCUGUUUUUAUUGCAAUUUAUGGAUUAUCCAGGUCUCGUCGCCGCUCUCAAUUCGAUCCGCCGACACCCUUAGGAAUCGCACAGCGUUCCUAACCGAAAAAAGCGGCCGCUUCGAGUCAUGGGAAGAGAAGUUUGAUCGCAAAAGUCUUUCGCCGCCGCCCGGGUGCAGGUAUAAAUUUUGCAAUCAUGGCUCAGCCCGUGGAUUUGCUGCAAAUGAGCGACCUGGAGUUGGCCGAAAAACUUCGGCGGGACGACCCUGAGCAGUACCAGACCCUGGUCAGGAUGCACCUGUCCUUCGUCCUCGAUUUGAAUGCCGACGACUGCGACACGGCGUGUGAAAAAAGUGCAAAGCCGAAAGCGGUGAAAUGGGGUCUGGGGACGUUCACAAAAGGCCGGAAGCAGUCGACGACAAAAGGGGUCAUGGAAGGAGCUCCUCUGACUCAAGAGGGGAUCUGCCAGGUUUACCAGCUAAUCGAGUUUCUGAAAUCCGAGCCGAACAUAAUCCAAGAGGGAAUUUUCCGGCGCAGCGGCAAAAUGACUCGGCAGCAGGAACUGAAAGGCUUGCUCAACCAGGGGCUGCCCCUGAAUCUUGAGGAGGGAAAGUAUUCCGUCCACGACUGCGCUUCCGUGCUUAAAAACUUCCUCGCUGAUCUUCCCGAGCCUCUGUUGACAGACGCCCACUACCAAGCCUACUGCCAAGUUGCAGAAAUGUGCUCUAGUGAUAUGAGCGACGGUGACGAACCGAUCAGACUUCUUCGAGCCCUGCAACUGCUGCUCAUGCUGUUGCCCACAGAAAACAAGGCUUUGGUUUCAGAUCUGAUAAUGAUGCUUAAUUUGGUUGCCAGUCUCGAGGACAAGAACAAAAUGUCAGCGGACAACCUGUCCACCCUUUUCACGCCUCACCUUUUGUGUCCGAGAAAGCUUACACCUGAGGAGUUUCACACAAACUCGCAGCUCAUGUCCAGGGUUGUGUCUUUCAUGAUCAAACAAGGUAAAGCCAUGUUCAAAGUCCCACCGAAGUUGGCAACUGACAUCAGAGCCUACUGGGCCGAGAAAGAAAACCACAAAGCAAAGGUCGCAGAAGACCACGAGGUUGUAAACACCGUGUUCAGCUUUGUUGACCGCCAACUCACAGCUCAAGCAAACUCGAGCAACCCCACAGAGGCAGCUCUUGCCCAACUCUACGCACACAUCCAGUCACUCCCCGAGUCGGCCCAAAAGCGGCGCUUGGUGAAGCAGUUCAAUAAGGAAAACGGCCACGGCACUCCCCUGGUUAAAAAGCAGGUCAAUAGUCGCAGUUUGGGAGACUCCAUUAAGAAACACAUUUUCACCAAAGGUCUGAAAAGGCAGAAAAAUCAGGACAAGAACUCCUCGACGGACGACCUUUUAAAGGUUUCGAGUCAGGAAGCAAAGGCUGCGGCGCCCACCCCGAGUAAAUCAACAGUCGAAAUGAACGCGGCUCGCGAGGCCCCAAAGCGGCGCGUCCAAAUCAAGGAAGAGAGCCUGAGAGUGAGCGAGCUUGACGCCUCCUCCCCCACUAACCCCCAAACCGAACCCGACACGGUUGACCACGCGGCCUCCUCGCAGGAGGGCACUAACCCCUUCGGCAGCUUGGCCCUGACGAGCACCCCUGCCCUCGCGCAGGCCACUAAUCUCCUCUCGUCUUCUCCUAUCUUUAACACGCCCUCCCUGCGAAAAGCGUUUAACAAGUCAGUCUCGCCCAUCACCAGGUCGGCGCAGAGAAUGCCCAGGUGUAUGCAGGAUGCAAUGAUGACGCCUCGAAGCAGGAAGCCCGUUUUGGUGCUUUCGAGUUCGAAUCUGUCGCCGUUGUCCACGCCCUGGAAAGACACGCCCUCCAGUCUGCUGCAGGAGCACAACGAGGAGGCCGAGACGUCCCUCUCGUCCACCUUCAAGGACUACCUGAAGAGCAGGAGCGUGCUGACCGCCAGCCCCGUCAGCCUCUCGUGCAACGCCAGUCCCGAGAAGCUGAGCAACUCGCUGUUGUACUGCCUGGACGGCAACGACCCCUCGGCCUCCACCUCGGCCUCGUACCUCACCUCGAUGAGCAACGAGUCCAGUUCGAGCUCCGGCUCGAGGAAGCGGAGCAUCGAGGACAGCAUGUUUGCCGACCACUCCAUCUCCCUGUCAAGCGACUCGGCCAAGAAGAGCAAUCUCGAGUCUUCGUAUUCGUCCACUCUUGGCUCGAGCAUUAUCCGAGAAACCUCUUUGUGACGCCCAUCGUCUCAAUGCACUCUUGUUGACAAUAUAAAAUGUCCCUAUUUUACAUAGAGAAACUCUUACACGACAGAGGAGCUUCCAUCCUCUUGAAAUUAAAAUAAAAAAACUAUUGUAACAUUUACAAACACUCUCCUUCGUUGUCUGUUAGACCUUUUGUACUUUAUAAAUCGAUCUUCAUUAUAGUGAUAAUUAGAAUAAAAAAACAUUAUUCCAGCAUAA